UGCUCUGUACAAAACUUUGUGGAAGGGGAAAAACAGGCCCCUGAGUAUGUGCCUCUAUGCUUGAAACUUCUUGAAACUGCUCCUAACUGCUUGUUUGGCUUCUGUAAACCUGCUUGCAUAAGAUAAAAAGAGGAGAAGUCAAUUGCCUAACGGACCCCAGUAAGAUCGGGCGUGCCACAAAAUGUUGAAAAUCCUGAUAAAUAUAUCUUGGUGACAAUAUGUCUCCCCCACCCAGAGACAGGCACAAACAUGUAACUCCAGAACAACUUAAAAUUAAUUGGUCCACAAAGCGCGGGCUCUCGAAGUUUUGAAUUGACUGGUUUGCGAUAUUUUAAAAAUGAUUAGUUUGUAAAAGCGCGGGCUUUGUUGUGAACCCCAUAAAAGCUGUCCCGACUCCACACUCGGGGCCGCAGUCCUCUACCCCUGCGUGGCGUACGACUGUGGGCCCCAGCGCGCUCGGAAUAAAAAUCCUCUUGCUGUUUGCAUCAAGACCGCUUCUCGUGAGUGAUUUGGGGUGUCGCCUCUUCCGAGUCAGGACGAGAGGGAUUUUAACUCGACUGGCCUUUCAGUUUGGUGCGUUGGCCGGGAAACCCGCGACUACCCCUCACACCCGAGAACCGACUUGGAGGGUGCUGCGAGGGGACCCUCUGCCCCUCCUGGAGCUCCGGCGGUGGAGGGACCUGCUGCAGGGACUCGGAGCCGGAGGGGCGCCACCCCGGAGCGGACAGACGAGAUCGCGACAUUACCGCUGCGCACGUACGGCCCUCCCAUACCGGGGGGCCAAUUGCAGCCCCUCCAGUAUUGGCCCUUUUCUUCUGCAGAUCUCUAUAAUUGGAAAACUAACCAUCCCCCUUUCUCGGAGGAUCCCCAACGCCUCACGGGGUUGGUGGAGUCCCUUAUGUUCUCUCACCAGCCUACUUGGGAUGAUUGUCAACAGCUGCUGCAGACACUCUUCACAACCGAGGAGCGAGAGAGAAUUCUGUUAGAGGCUAGAAAAAAUGUUCCUGGGGCCGACGGGCGACCCACGCAGUUGCAAAAUGAGAUUGACAUGGGAUUUCCCUUGACUCGCCCCGGUUGGGACUACAACACGGCUGAAGGUAGGGAGAGCUUGAAAAUCUAUCGCCAGGCUCUGGUGGCGGGUCUCCGGGGCGCCUCAAGACGGCCACUAACUUGGCUAAGGUAAGAGAGGUGAUGCAGGGACCGAAUGAACCUCCCUCAGUUUUUCUUGAGAGGCUCAUGGAAGCCUUCAGGCGGUUCACCCCUUUUGAUCCUACCUCGGAGGCUCAGAAAGCCUCAGUGGCCCUGGCCUUCAUAGGACAGUCAGCCCUGGAUAUCAGAAAGAAGCUUCAGAGACUGGAAGGGUUACAGGAGGCUGAGUUACGUGAUCUAGUGAAGGAGGCAGAGAAAGUGUAUUACAAAAGGGAGACAGAAGAAGAAAGGGAACAAAGAAAAGAGAGAGAAAGAGAGGAAAGGGAGGAAAGACGUAAUAAACGGCAAGAGAAGAAUUUGACUAAGAUCUUGGCUGCAGUGGUUGAAGGGAAAAGCAAUAGGGAAAGAGAGAGAGAUUUUAGGAAAAUUAGGUCAGGCCCUAGACAGUCAGGGAACCUGGGCAAUAGGACCCCACUCGACAAGGACCAAUGUGCAUAUUGUAAAGAAAAAGGACACUGGGCAAGGGACUGCCCCAAGAAGGGAAACAAAGGACUGAAGGUCUUAGCUCUGGAAGAAGAUAAAGACUAGGGAAGACGGGGUUCGGACCCCCUCCCCGAGCCCAGGAUAACUUUAAAGGUGGAGGGGCAACCAGUUGAGUUUCUGGUUGAUACCGGAGCGAAACAUUCAGUGCUACUACAGCCAUUAGGAAAACUAAAAGAUAAAAAAUCCUGGGUGAUGGGUGCCACAGGGCAACAACAGUAUCCAUGGACUACCCGAAGAACAGUUGACUUGGGAGUGGGACGGGUAACCCACUCGUUUCUGGUCAUACCUGAGUGCCCAGCACCCCUCUUAGGUAGAGACUUACUGACCAAGAUGGGAGCACAAAUUUCUUUUGAACAAGGGAAACCAGAAGUGUCUGCAAAUAACAAACCUAUCACUGUGUUGACCCUCCAAUUAGAUGACGAAUAUCGACUAUAUUCUCCCCUAGUAAAGCCUGAUCAAAAUAUACAAUUCUGGUUGGAACAGUUUCCCCAAGCCUGGGCAGAAACCGCAGGGAUGGGUUUGGCAAAGCAAGUUCCCCCACAGGUUAUUCAACUGAAGGCCAGUGCUGCACCAGUGUCAGUCAGACAGUACCCCUUGAGUAAAGAAGCUCGAGAAGGAAUUCGGCCGCAUGUUCAAAGAUUAAUCCAACAGGGCAUCCUAGUUCCUGUCCAAUCUCCCUGGAAUACUCCCCUGCUACCGGUUAGAAAGCCUGGGACUAAUGACUAUCGACCAGUACAGGACUUGAGAGAGGUCAAUAAACGGGUGCAGGAUAUACACCCAACAGUCCCGAACCCUUAUAACCUCUUGUGUGCUCUCCCACCCCAACGGAGCUGGUAUACAGUAUUGGACUUAAAGGAUGCCUUCUUCUGCCUGAGACUACAUCCCACUAGCCAACCACUUUUUGCCUUCGAAUGGAGAGAUCCAGGUGCGGGAAGAACCGGGCAGCUCACUUGGACUCGACUGCCCCAAGGGUUCAAAAACUCCCCGACCAUCUUUGACGAAGCCCUACACAGAGACCUGGCCAACUUCAGGAUCCAACACCCCCAGGUGACCCUCCUCCAGUACGUGGAUGACCUGCUUCUGGCGGGAGCCACCAAACAGGACUGCUUAGAAGGUACGAAGGCACUACUGCUGGAAUUGUCUGACCUAGGCUACAGAGCCUCCGCUAAGAAGGCCCAGAUUUGCAGGAGAGAGGUAACAUACUUGGGGUACAGUUUGCGGGGCGGGCAGCGAUGGCUGACGGAGGCACGGAAGAGAACUGUAGUCCAGAUACCGGCCCCAACCACAGCCAAACAAGUGAGAGAGUUUUUGGGGACAGCUGGAUUUUGCAGACUGUGGAUCCCGGGGUUUGCGACCUUAGCAGCCCCACUCUACCCACUAACCAAAGAAAAAGGGAAUUCUCCUGGGCUCCUGAGCACCAGAAGGCAUUUGAUGCUAUCAAAAAGGCCCUGCUUAGCGCACCUGCUCUGGCCCUCCCUGACGUGACUAAACACUUUACCCUUUAUGUGGAUGAGCGUAAGGGAGUAGCCCGGGGAGUUUUAACCCAAACUCUAGGACCAUGGAGGAGACCUGUUGCCUACCUGUCAAAGAAGCUCGAUCCUGUAGCCAGUGGUUGGCCCGUAUGCCUGAAGGCUAUCGCAGCUGUGGCCAUACUGGUCAAGGACGCUGACAAAUUGACUUUGGGACAGAAUAUAACUGUAAUAGCCCCCCAUGCGUUGGAGAACAUCGUUCGGCAGCCCCCAGACCGAUGGAUGACCAACGCCCGCAUGACCCACUAUCAAAGCCUGCUUCUCACAGAGAGGGUCACGUUCGCUCCACCAGCCGCUCUCAACCCUGCCACUCUUCUGCCUGAAGAGACUGAUGAACCAGUGACUCAUGAUUGCCAUCAACUAUUGAUUGAGGAGACUGGGGUCCGCAAGGACCUUACAGACAUACCGCUGACUGGAGAAGUGUUAACCUGGUUCACUGACGGAAGCAGCUAUGUGGUGGAAGGUAAGAGGAUGGCUGGGGCGGCGGUGGUGGACGGGACCCGCACGAUCUGGGCCAGCAGCCUGCCGGAAGGAACUUCAGCACAAAAGGCUGAGCUCAUGGCCCUCACGCAAGCUUUGCGGCUGGCCGAAGGGAAAUCCAUAAACAUUUAUACAGACAGCAGGUAUGCCUUUGCGACUGCACACGUACACGGGGCCAUCUAUAAGCAAAGGGGGUUGCUUACCUCAGCAGGGAGGGAAAUAAAGAACAAAGAGGAAAUUCUAAGCCUAUUAGAAGCCUUACAUUUGCCAAAAAGGCUAGCUAUUAUACACUGUCCUGGACAUCAGAAAGCCAAAGAUCCCAUAUCCAGAGGGAACCAGAUGGCUGACCGGGUUGCCAAGCAGGCAGCCCAGGGUGUUAACCUUCUGCCUAUGAUAGAAACACCCAAAGCCCCAGAACCCGGACGACAGUACACCCUAGAAGACUGGCAAGAAAUAAAAAAGAUAGACCAGUUCUCUGAAACUCCGGAGGGGACCUGCUAUACCUCAGAUGGGAAGGAAAUCCUGCCCCACAAAGAAGGGUUAGAAUAUGUCCAACAGAUACAUCGUCUAACCCACCUAGGAACUAAACACCUGCAGCAGUUGGUCAGAACAUCCCCUUAUCAUGUUCUGAGGCUACCAGGAGUGGCUGACUCGGUGGUCAAACAUUGUGUGCCCUGCCAGCUGGUUAAUGCUAAUCCUUCCAGAAUACCUCCAGGAAAGAGACUAAGGGGAAGCCACCCAGGCGCUCACUGGGAAGUGGACUUCACUGAGGUAAAGCCGGCUAAAUACGGAAACAAAUAUCUAUUGGUUUUUGUAGACACCUUUUCAGGAUGGGUAGAGGCUUAUCCUACUAAGAAAGAGACUUCAACCGUGGUGGCUAAGAAAAUACUGGAGGAAAUUUUUCCAAGAUUUGGAAUACCUAAGGUAAUAGGGUCAGACAAUGGUCCAGCUUUCGUUGCCCAGGUAAGUCAGGGACUGGCCAAGAUAUUGGGGAUUGAUUGGAAACUGCAUUGUGCAUACAGACCCCAAAGCUCAGGACAGGUAGAGAGGAUGAAUAGAACCAUUAAAGAGACCCUUACCAAAUUGACCACAGAGACUGGCAUUAAUGAUUGGAUAGCUCUCCUGCCCUUUGUGCUUUUUAGGGUGAGGAACACCCCUGGACAGUUUGGGCUGACCCCCUAUGAAUUGCUCUACGGGGGACCCCCCCCGUUGGCAGAAAUUGCCUUUGCACAUAGUGCUGAUGUGCUGCUUUCCCAGCCUUUGUUCUCUAGGCUCAAGGCGCUCGAGUGGGUGAGGCAGCGAGCGUGGAAGCAGCUCCGGGAGGCCUACUCAGGAGGAGACUUGCAAGUUCCACAUCGCUUCCAAGUUGGAGAUUCAGUCUAUGUUAGACGCCACCGUGCAGGAAACCUCGAGACUCGGUGGAAGGGACCUUAUCUCGUACUUUUGACCACACCAACGGCUGUGAAAGUCGAAGGAAUCCCCACCUGGAUCCAUGCAUCCCACGUUAAGCCGGCGCCACCUCCCGAUUCGGGGUGGAAAGCCGAAAAGACUGAAAAUCCCCUUAAGCUUCGCCUCCAUCGCGUGGUUCCUUACUCUGUCAAUAACUCCUCAAGUUAAUGGUAAACGCCUUGUGGACAGCCCGAACUCCCAUAAACCCUUAUCUCUCACCUGGUUACUUACUGACUCCGGUACAGGUAUUAAUAUUAACAGCACUCAAGGGGAGGCUCCCUUAGGGACCUGGUGGCCUGAGUUAUAUGUCUGCCUUCGAUCAGUAAUCCCUGGUCUCAAUGACCAGGCCACACCCCCCGAUGUACUCCGUGCUUACGGGUUUUACGUUUGCCCAGGACCCCCAAAUAAUGAAGAAUAUUGUGGAAAUCCUCAGGAUUUCUUUUGCAAGCAAUGGAGCUGCGUAACUUCUAAUGAUGGGAAUUGGAAAUGGCCAGUCUCUCAGCAAGACAGAGUAAGUUACUCUUUUGUUAACAAUCCUACCAGUUAUAAUCAAUUUAAUUAUGGCCAUGGGAGAUGGAAAGAUUGGCAACAGCGGGUACAAAAAGAUGUACGAAAUAAGCAAAUAAGCUGUCAUUCGUUAGACCUAGAUUACUUAAAAAUAAGUUUCACUGAAAAAGGAAAACAAGAAAAUAUUCAAAAGUGGGUAAAUGGUAUGUCUUGGGGAAUAGUGUACUAUGGAGGCUCUGGGAGAAAGAAAGGAUCUGUUCUGACUAUUCGCCUCAGAAUAGAAACUCAGAUGGAACCUCCGGUUGCUAUAGGACCAAAUAAGGGUUUGGCCGAACAAGGACCUCCAAUCCAAGAACAGAGGCCAUCUCCUAACCCCUCUGAUUACAAUACAACCUCUGGAUCAGUCCCCACUGAGCCUAACAUCACUAUUAAAACAGGGGCGAAACUUUUUAGCCUCAUCCAGGGAGCUUUUCAAGCUCUUAACUCCACGACUCCAGAGGCUACCUCUUCUUGUUGGCUUUGCUUAGCUUCGGGCCCACCUUACUAUGAGGGAAUGGCUAGAGGAGGGAAAUUCAAUGUGACAAAGGAACAUAGAGACCAAUGUACAUGGGGAUCCCAAAAUAAGCUUACCCUUACUGAGGUUUCUGGAAAAGGCACCUGCAUAGGGAGGGUUCCCCCAUCCCACCAACACCUUUGUAACCACACUGAAGCCUUUAAUCGAACCUCUGAGAGUCAGUAUCUGGUACCUGGUUAUGACAGGUGGUGGGCAUGUAAUACUGGAUUAACCCCUUGUGUUUCCACCUUGGUUUUCAACCAAACUAAAGACUUUUGCGUUAUGGUCCAAAUUGUCCCCGGGUGUACUACUAUCCCGAAAAAGCAGUCCUUGAUGAAUAUGACUAUAGAUAUAAUCGGCCAAAAAGAGAGCCCAUAUCCCUGACACUAGCUGUAAUGCUCGGAUUGGGAAUGGCUGCAGGCGUGGGAACAGGAACGGCUGCCCUAAUCACAGGACCGCAACAGCUGGAGAAAGGACUUAGUAACCUACAUCGAAUUGUAACGGAAGAUCUCCAAGCCCUAGAAAAAUCUGUCAGUAACCUGGAGGAAUCCCUAACCUCCUUAUCUGAAGUGGUUCUACAGAACAGAAGGGGGUUAGAUCUGUUAUUUCUAAAAGAAGGAGGGUUAUAUGUAGCCUUAAAAGAGGAAUGCUGCUUUUAUGUGGAUCAUUCAGGAGCUAUCAGGGACUCCAUGAGCAAGCUCAGAGAAAGGUUAGAAAAACGUCACAAAGAAAAAGAGGCUGGCCAAGGAUGGUUUGAGGGAUGGUUCAACAAGUCCCCAUGGGUGACCACCCUGCUUUCUGCUCUAACAGGACCCCUAGUAAUACUGCUCCUGUUGCUUACAGUUGGGCCUUGCUUAAUUAAUCGGUUUGUUGCCUUUGUUAGAGAACAAGUGAGUGCAGUUCGGAUCAUGGUACUUAGACAGCAGUACCAAGGCCUUCCAAGCUAAGGAGAAACUGACCUUUAGCCUUCCUAGUUCUAAGAUUAGAACUAUUAACAAGAGAAGAAGUGGGGAAUGAAAGGAUGAAAAUGCAACCUGACUCUCCCAGAACCCAGGAAGUUAAUAAGAAGCUCUAAAUGCCCUCGAAUUCCAGACCCUGUUCCCUAUAGGUAAAAGAUCAUACUUUUUGCUGUUUUAGGGCUUGCUUUCUGCUCUGUACAAAACUUUGUGGAAGGGGAAAAACAGGCCCCUGAGUAUGUGCCUCUAUGCUUGAAACUUCUUGAAACUGCUCCUAACUGCUUGUUUGGCUUCUGUAAACCUGCUUGCAUAAGAUAAAAAGAGGAGAAGUCAAUUGCCUAACGGACCCCAGUAAGAUCGGGCGUGCCACAAAAUGUUGAAAAUCCUGAUAAAUAUAUCUUGGUGACAAUAUGUCUCCCCCACCCAGAGACAGGCACAAACAUGUAACUCCAGAACAACUUAAAAUUAAUUGGUCCACAAAGCGCGGGCUCUCGAAGUUUUGAAUUGACUGGUUUGCGAUAUUUUAAAAAUGAUUAGUUUGUAAAAGCGCGGGCUUUGUUGUGAACCCCAUAAAAGCUGUCCCGACUCCACACUCGGGGCCGCAGUCCUCUACCCCUGCGUGGCGUACGACUGUGGGCCCCAGCGCGCUCGGAAUAAAAAUCCUCUUGCUGUUUGCAUCAA